AAAACGCGUCUCGCCAGUCCACUGACAAGUCUUAGGAUAGCUAAACUCAAAAACUCACAUUUCCUCUCCCGCUCUUAGACUGCACUUUCACUCUCAUUCUUACCCAAAGGCCAAAACCCUAGCCCCUUUCUCUCUCUCUCAAAAAGAUGAAGCUCGUAAGAUUUUUGAUGAAAUUGAACAACGAAACUGUCUCCAUUGAGCUCAAGAAUGGCACUGUUGUUCAUGGAACUAUCACAGGUGUUGAUAUAAGCAUGAACACACAUUUGAAGACUGUUAAACUCACACCAAAAGGGAAAAAUCCACUUACUAUGGACCACUUGAGUGUUCGUGGGAAUAACAUCCGAUAUUACAUUCUUCCUGACAGCUUGAAUCUUGAAACUUUACUUGUGGAGGAGGCGCCAAGAGUUAAGCCUAAAAAGGCGGCUGCUGGGAGACCUGUGGGGCGUGGAAGGGGCCGUGGUCGUGGACGUGGCCGUGGCCGUGGUGGUCGAUAAGUGUUUUAGCAGUUUGGUCCUUGUAAACAGAUCUUAUGUGGGCAGAAAAGUUCAAUCAGUGAUGAGGUGUGAAUGCAGAUUAUGUUUUGACUUUAUCUUAUUGGCUGAUCUAUAAAUGUACCUUUUCUUAGAACCUUGAUAUUGGUAGAUGUUGCAAAAAGUGUACUUGUUAAGAAGUAAGCAGUCGCUAAUUGUUUGUAGAAAUUAGUCAAUUACUAGACCAAUUAUUUUGUUUUUCACGUGUUUCUUUGACAAAUAGAACUACGAUAAAUCCCGCGAUUUGCUA